AUGGGUCAAACCAAGCGCCGCGAAGGAAAGACAUCCCGUGUACCGAAAGCCUCACUCUUCGGCGGCGGGAGGUCAGCCCAGGCCGAUUCCGGGCAGACGCAGAUCAAAAAGGCCACGUUUGAGAUCACAAAGAAGAAAGAAGUGGGCGUUUCAGAUCUCACAUUGCUUAGCAAGGUCUCCAAUGAAGCCAUCAACGACAACCUCAAGAAGCGCUUCGAGCAUGGCGAGAUAUACACCUACAUCGGCCAUGUGCUGGUGUCGGUCAACCCCUUCCGGGACCUGGGGAUCUACACCGACCAAGUCCUGCGAUCAUAUCAAGGGCGGAACCGUCUCGAGGUGCCUCCCCACGUCUUUGCGGUCGCCGAGUCAGCCUACUACAACAUGAAAGCCUACAAGGACAAUCAGUGUGUCAUUAUCUCUGGCGAGUCGGGCGCAGGCAAGACCGAGGCGGCCAAACGCCUCAUGCAAUACAUUGCAAGCGUAUCCGGAGGCACCGACUCUCGGAUUCAGCGGACGAAGGACAUGGUCCUAGCCACCAACCCUCUCCUCGAAUCGUUCGGUAACGCCAAAACCCUGCGCAAUAACAAUUCCUCGCGUUUCGGAAAGUACCUCGAACUCGAGUUCAACGAGCAAGGCGAGCCCGUGGGGGCCAAGGUCACCAACUACCUACUGGAGAAGACCAGAGUGGUAGGACAGAUCACAAACGAGAGGAACUUCCACAUCUUCUACCAGUUCACAAAAGCCGCACCAAAAGAGUAUAGGGAUACGUACGGCAUUCAGCAGCCUCAAUCAUACCUCUACACAAGCAAAUCAAAGUGCUUCGACGUGCCGGGGAUCGACGAUGCGAGCGACUUCCGGGAAACGCUGCAAGCCAUGCAGAUUAUUGGUCUGACACAGGCUGAACAGGACAACAUCUUUCGCCUUCUUGCGGCAAUUCUAUGGAUCGGAAAUAUCACCUUCCGAGAAAACGACCAGGGAGGCGUGGACAUUGCAGACCAGUCGGUCGUCGAUUUCGUCGCGUACCUGCUAGAAGUCGAGUCUGCACAUGUUAACAAAGCAUUGACCGUUAGGAUUGUGGAAACCGCUCGAGGUGGAGGACGCCGAGGUUCCAUCUACGAGUCUCCGCUGAACCCGGUACAGGCUGGCGCUGUCCGAGAUGCUCUCGCCAAAGCCAUCUACUUCAACUUGUUUGACUGGAUCGUAAACCGAACCAACGUCUCGUUACGAUCGCAGGGGGUGGUGAAGAACACCAUUGGUAUUCUCGAUAUCUACGGCUUUGAAAUCUUCGAGAAGAAUUCUUUCGAGCAGCUAUGCAUCAACUACGUCAACGAGAAACUGCAGCAGAUCUUCAUUCAAUUGACCCUGAAGUCUGAACAAGAGGAAUAUGAGCGAGAGCAAAUUCAAUGGACCCCUAUCAAGUACUUUGACAACAAAGUCGUCUGCUCCUUGAUCGAAGACAAGCGACCACCGGGUGUGUUUGCUGCUCUCAACGACGCCUGCGCAACCGCACAUGCGGAUUCAGGUGCCGCCGACCAAACCUUCGUUGGGCGUCUCAAUUUCCUCUCCAACAAUCCCAACUUCGAGAACCGACAAGGCCAAUUCAUCAUCAAGCAUUACGCAGGUGAUGUGAGCUAUCAAGUCGCGGGCAUGACAGACAAGAACAAGGACCAGCUAUUGAAGGAUCUGCUGAACCUGGUCGGCGCGAGCUCAAACACUUUCGUCCACGAGCUAUUCCCAAAUCAGGUCGACCAAGAUGACAAGCGACGGCCUCCCACAGCCGGUGACAAGAUCAAAGCAUCCGCAAACGAGCUGGUCGACACCCUAAUGCAAGCGCAACCUUCGUAUAUUCGAACCAUCAAGCCCAACGAGAACAAGUCACCCAAGGAAUACAACGAACCGAACGUGCUCCACCAGAUCAAGUAUCUGGGUCUACAAGAAAACGUUCGCAUCCGAAGAGCCGGUUUCGCUUAUCGUCAAACAUUCGACAAAUUUGUCGAAAGAUUUGCUCUGCUCUCACCCAAACUAUCCUAUGCCGGGGAAUACACUUACACGGGAGAUGUCAGAACCGCUUCGGAAAUCAUUUUCAAAGACACAAGCAUUCCCAAAGAGGAAUAUCAGAUGGGUGUUACCAAAGCCUUCAUCAAGACUCCGGAGACGUUGUUUGGCCUCGAGCAUAUGCGAGAUCGAUAUUGGCACAACAUGGCAGUCCGUAUUCAGCGUGCUUGGCGGAACUACCUCAGAUACCGCGCCGAAGCCGCCACGAGGAUCCAAAGGUUCUGGCGCAAGUCAAAGAUUGGCGUCAAGGAGAUUGAGUUCAGAGAUCAAGGGCACCGACUCCUUGCCGGCCGCAAAGAACGACGCAGAUACAGCUUGCUUGGCUCAAGGCGCUUCUUCGGUGAUUAUCUUGGUAUGAACAUGCCAGGUGGUCAGGGCCGAGUGCUCAGGGAUUCGGUCCACCUUAACCCCCAGGAACGGGUUAUCUUCUCCGCCCGAUGCGAGUUACUGGUCACCAAAUUCGGACGAUCGUCGCAACGAAUGCCGCGGAUUCUCGUGUUGACCCCGAAGGCUGUCUACAUCAUUGUCCAAGCCGUUGUGAACAACCAGCUCCAAAUCUCAGCAGAGAGGACAAUUCCUAUCGGCGCCGUCAAGUACAUCUCGUGCUCGAACUUGCGUGACGACUGGUUUGCUCUCGGCGUCGGAUCCGCUCAAGAACCAGAUCCGCUGAUCAACUGCGUCUUCAAGACCGAAUUCUUCCUGCAGUUCAAGACGGUCGCGGUUGGUGGAAUGAACUUGAAGAUUGGACCUCAGAUUGACUACAACAAGAAGCCGAACAAACCCGCAGUGGUCAAAGUCCAAAAGGAUCCUGCCGUUCCGCGAGACGAUGUUUACAAAUCAGGUACCAUUCACGUCGGACCAGGAGAAUCGCCCACUUCAGUCUCAAGACCCACUCCACGCGGCAAAGCAAUUGCCAAGCCUAUCACAAGUGGCAAGCUGCUCCGGCCUGGUGGACCAGGCGGCCAGCCUUCAAAGACAGCUGCUAGACGUCCUGUGCCCGCUGCCAGACCAGUAGCGGCUCAACCCCGCGCGGUCCCUGUUUCUUCUGCAGCUCAACCACGGGCAGUGCCUACGCCUGCCGCAAGUCAUACCACCCCUACACAUAUAAACGGCGCCACGUCGCAUGCACGAAACGAAUCGGCAUCCUCAUUCGGACGAGCUGCGCCUCCUCCGCCUCCACCCCCUCCACCAGCAGCAGCUCCGGCAGCUGUGCCGUCGAAGCCGCAAGCCAAGGUCAAAUACGACUUCAACUCGCCCAAUGCUAAUGAACUAUCGAUCAAGGCAGGAGAGGUCAUCGAGAUUCUGCAAAAGGAGAACAAUGGCUGGUGGCUCUGCAAGAACCCUCGCACCGAUGCGCAAGGCUGGACUCCGUCAGCAUAUGUGGAGGAAAUUGAGCAAGCGCGUGCGCCGCCUCCACCACCACCACCAGCAGCUGCGCCCCCUCGGGCGGUACCAACGCCAUCGGUUGUGGUCAACGGAGGGCACGCCAAACCCGCAGCUCCACCCGUGGCUGCUCGGGCCAAAGCAACCCCGCCAGCACCACCAGCCAAACGGCCAGUAGCGAGAAAACCGGACGCGUCUCCCGCUAGAGAUAGCGCGAUGAGUCUAGGCACCAACAGUGGGACGAAUUCAGGGCGCGCCACUCCUAGCAGCAUUGGGGGCGGCAGUCUUGCAGGUGGCUUAGCGGAAGCGUUGAGGGCGAGGCAGAGUGCCAUGGGUGGCAGGGACAAGGACAAGGACGAGGAUGACGACUGGUAG